AUGUUCCCGACUGCCAGAGAGAAAUGCGACGGCAACCAACCCACUUGUUCGCCAUGUGUAGACAACAAACGGGACUGCACGUACACUUCAAACCCAAAGAAACGAGGAUUACAACCUGGAUAUAUACGCGGCCUUGAAACGACAUUAGCAUAUGUCUUUCAGCAAAAUCCCGAGAUCGAGACGACGGUGUAUAACCAAUUAUUCCAGGAGAAUACGGUUUUGCUUGCACGGGGCACUAAGGAGUCAAAUCGAUUAUACAAAAGCUGGGCCAAGAGCAGAUUCUGUCAGGAUUUUACUAAGGCCUUAGCUGGCGAACAAAUAGAAACGAGAGAGGAAAAGCAAGCAAGCCCCAAUGAUGACAGCGACGUGGAUGUAGAAGAUGCAACCUUUAAUCAGACAACGCCUGGAGCUCAAUCACACCAAUCGUUUCCAUCGGUCAGUGCCCCAAGUCAUGUACCGGAACAGACACCCAGACCCUCAUUGUCGGACCUUCUCUUUCCUAAUGUACAGCAAUCUGUGAUCCCCUCGGCACAAGUGCCACUACCUGCAGACUCAUGGAAAUUAUUGGAGACUUAUUGCACAUAUACGCAAUGUUGGCUGCCGAUUGCGGAUAAGCUAGAGAUACUCAAGUUGUCCUAUUCUUAUCCUGAACAUGGACUAGAGUUAUCUUGCGACAUGACAAAUUCCGGAAGUCAUGCCGAGAUGUGGAGUAUAUUUGCAGUAGGGUCUCUUCAGAUUGACUCCAGGAAUACGAACGUCGAUCUACGAGAUGCACAGCCUGAGAAGUUCUAUGAUGUCGCUAGGCUUCUCAUCCCCACUGAAUUGGGACAGCUUGGUCUUGAUCAUGUUAAGGCUUUACUAAAUCUUGCCGUCUUUAACAUCAGUAAAAAAAUGUUCAGUGCUGCCUGGCGUCUUGUCGGUACUGCUUUGCGAAUAUUUCUGACCACCACAAACCCUCCGGAUAUGAAUAAGACCCAACGAAAACACAUCCUGUCCAGUUGUUUCGUCCUUGACACUCUGCUUUCUUCACAGUUGAAAUUACGUCCUUAUCUGGAUAAAGCUGAUCUAGAUUGGAUGGGGAAGAUAGAAGAGGACGGAAUGGAAGAAUGGCAACCUUGGAACGGGCAGCUGAGAGUGCCAUCAGCUCACCAGCCGCCGUCACCGACCUUAUCAUUGAGUACAUUCAAUGCUCUCCUGGAAUUGGUAGACAUAUUUGGGAGCACUACACGUCCUCAAAAUGCCCCAAACUUCCUCCACGAGAUGAUUAGCCGCCUUGAGGCAUGGAAGUCUUCGCUGCCACAGAAACUCGACUAUAUUCGGAAAGACUCUACUCCCAUGACGCCACCUGCAUUGUUGCUUCGAUUCACCUACUGCGUAACUGCACUGGCAUUUGUUCCUUCUCAUAACUGGUUUCAGCAAACACUAGAUGUGCUCAGCACAAUGAAUGCCCAACUCGGAGCUGCGAGAAUACCUGCCAUUGUCUUUUGUCUUCUUCAGAGUAUUAAAAAGAGCGGUUCAACUCUGGUCUUUGAUCAGACAACACACACGAAGAUGCGUCGACCAGAAGAAGCAUCCACAGGCACUCGAGAAGCAACAGGCUCACACGAAAGUAUACCCCAAGAUGUCUCAGGGCUAAUGCAAGCAUCUCCUUCGUUCCCCAUACCGAAUAUGGGUGAGCCUUUCAUCGAGGGAUAUCAGCGAACAUCUGGCUCUUCAGCGCAUGUAGAUGGCCUUCUGCCUGCAAUGAACAACACACAAGAAGGCGACAAUCAACACCCAUUCAACCCGUUUGACUUCACCAUGAAUAUCUUGAUGCCGGAAUCUCACGAUCCGUACAACGCUCUGAUUUCGGGAGAUUUGGGGAACUUCCUCGACGACUUUGCUUCUGAGCAUGGAGCAAAGAAGCUACAGAACCAGCCUCAAUUUAUGGAAAAUCUAGGGUUCUCUGCAGAGAUAAGCAUGGCCGAUCUACUGGCAACAGACCCUACUCGAUUCUUGACUACGGGUCCGCAACCAGCGCAGGAUGAAAACCAGAAUUCCACGCAACUUCCAUUUAACACGCUGUACGAAACCCGUUGA